CCUACAUGCAAUUUUGCCACUUUGAUAUUUAGUAAAGCAACACAUGUAGGUAGGCUAACAACUUAUAUAUAUUUCAUCUUAGCUUUGUCAUGUAGGAGAAAAAGCACAUUAUUAUAUCAACUUCACUCUUUGCUCAUUUUUUCCCCAUUUUUGCUGUUUUUUGUAAUCAUGUUAUACACAAGACUUUCUCCAUAUGUGUACUACCAUUUUGACAUGUUUAUGUCUCCAUGCUUCACUGAUGAUGUUUUUCCCUCAAGCAUUGAGUUGAGUUUUUGCACUUUGUUUGUUGGUCCUUGAACGCACCGUAGUUGGUUGCUGUGACUGGCUACAACAUGACUCCUUUCCAUGUGUUCAUCAGUGGCGGAACUACUCAGGGGUCACUCUUCAGCCACCCCAACGACCGGGAGACAAUUGUGACAAAACGCGGCUCUGUGGUGCAGAACAUGAGUCUUUGCACAAAAAAUAAUAAGGCAUCAAAAUCAAUGUUAUGAAUUAUUGAUAUAUUUUACGUGUUUGUGAUUUAAGAAAAACAGGAGUUUUUUGUUUUGUUUUGUUUUGUUUUGUUUUUUUACAAAAAUGGCAUAAAACAUGACUAAAAACUUUAUAUGGACAGAUACAGUAGUUCUAGAGAUGUAAGUAAAUAAUAUAUAUACGAUUAUGACUUAUAACACUUUAAUGAGCAGGACCGUUUUGGGUCCCUGCAACCUUUAGUGAUUUUUUUUUUUUUUAAAGGCUCUUAAAAAAAAUGUUAUAAAUUACUGACCUAUACCAGGCUCAAAUUACCUCAUAUCAAAUAUUCUACUUUGAAAUUCCUUUUAGGAAAAUAUUUAAUGUUUUGUGACUACCAAAACGUUUUUGUUUUUUUUUACAAAAAGGGCAUAAAACAUGACGAAAUAACUAUAUGGACAGAUCUGAAGUUGAACUAGAGAUGUAAGUAAAACUAAAGGUCCCAGGGAGCUCUUUGGCUGGAAUGGACUGCAAGAGCAUGAAGAAGCAGCUUGGUGUGAGAGAUUGGGAAACUAGUCCUUCUUGCCGUCCUCCUGUGGCUGAGGUGUGGAACCGUGAAGCACCAGCAGCCCACACAACGUGAGAGAGAUGCCCACCCACCACAGAAGUACUUGACUUUCUCCAAAAAUCACCUUCCCCAGCGCAGCCUUCAUGCCCAAACAAACAAGAAGACAAAUGAAUGUUCACAGUUAGAACAGAUGAUUUGAACAGCUUACCGAUGAAAUAAAGUUGCCUGCGGUGGUGGUGACGCUGGCUCUGGCUGAAGAAGAGCAGUAGCGGAGAGCCUUGGAGAAGAAGGUCCACAUGGUAGCAUUGCAAGCCAGCAUCAGGCCCACGCACAGCAGCCGCAGGGGGAUGUGGAGCUGCAGACGUCAUAAUGCAUCCCUCAGGUCAUUCUUUUUGCUUGGCUUGCAUUUCACACGCACUCAUUCAUUCAUUCAUGCUUGGUGUGCACAACUGGACCAUUUCAUACAAACUGUAUCACCCAGUAUCGUUGACUUCCUGUUCUGUACAGUACUUCCUGUGGGGGCUAUUGUCUCAUCAAUGCAACAUUACUGACACCUAGUGACCAGUGUAGAAUACUACAUAUCAUCGCAACCUCUUUCAAUGAGUCUUCUGAAUGCUUUACAUUUGUAUCUUACUUCAUUUAGCCAUUGUUAUGCUUGAAAAUGCUUCAUUUAAGCAAAAAAUAAAACAAAUGUGCAUAUUUUGGACUAAAAAUAGGCGUAUUCAACCACCAAACAGCAAUGACAAAAAUUUGAAGUGCCAAAGUGGCGAGGGAUUACUGUAUCUGGAAUUGACCUAUCUUCACUUGAUGUGCUGGGUAACCAAUCAGGCGUUAGGAUCUACCUACUGACUUUGAGGAGUCAGUUUGACAGUUAAAAUAAAUGCAUGAAAUAUUGAAAUAAUAGCAUAUGAUUUUACAUUAAGUGAACUGGUAUUUUAAGGACUUCGCCACACAUACAGUAUUUUAGGUGUGAGGUAUGAAGAAUGUUUCUUAAAAUAUGUUCCAAUGACUUUGUGGUAAAAUUCCAUCCAUUUUCUAUGCCGCUUACCCUUGAAAUUCAAUUUGUAUCAUAAAUUUGAGCGGAACUUUUGUGGAGCAAAUAUGCGGCACUUGGUGGAUGCAUAGUUGAGAAUUUCCAGUCGAAAAGGCGGCCUAGCUGACAGUACAAGAAAGUUGUUGAAAGCUGUUCUCACCCAGUGACAGACUGUAGAUCCAGUGUGUGUUUCAAACGUGCUCAGUGUAACUUGACACAUCUCCUCCAGGUAGUCUGCACCGAGAGUUAGUUUAGCAGAUAAUGACGCAGCACUGCCCAAACAGCCCGCCAACAACGCGUAAAACGACCCCAGCAUUAUUCCUUUCACUUUGGAGCUGUUCGAUUUAUCGCCAUUGAUAAGAAUGGAAAGUUGCAACUAUAAUCUGUAAACCGGAAGUUGGUGUUUUUCGACACAAAAGAGCGAGUAUAUCAAUUCAAUACAAUUACGUGCAAAAAGAUAUAUGUUUCUUCGCGUUUACAAACUUACACUGUCUUAACAUUUGAAUAACACGUUUUCAUGAAAGGGGUUGAACGUAUUUACUGUAAAGGUUAGCCAUUUUAAUGUUUUAUUUUGUAAACCUUGCAUCACAUCCUUGUUACGUUGUCAUGAUCGCAGUUCCGCCAAUCGCAGUAGUCCCCGGGGUCAUGUGACAUACAGGGCGCAUUUUAAUGACGUAGUUUCCGGUUAUGGCGGAAGCUAGUGCCGAAAACAAACACAUCAAAGAGCAGUUUAAGCCGACCGUGUUUGGUCCAUCGUGUGAUAGCGUCGUGAUGAAUACAAGUAAGAGCAAAGCCAGCGGUGUGUCGUGGGUGAAACCAGCGGAGCCAUCUUUUCUACAGAAGUUUAAAAAAGAUGUUGGCUACAAAGAAGGACCGACUGUUGACACAAAGCGACACGCGAUGCCCACGCCGGAUGAUGACAACGGGAGUGAUCGGGAGGAUGAAUUACCUCAAGUUGUCGUCCUUAAAGACGGAGACCUGACCUCGGAGGAAGUGAAACACCUCAAAGAAGAAGCUCAACCGAAAGAAGCUUUGGAGAAAAGUACAAUUUUGCCACGGUUGCCAGAUGAUGAGUCACCCGCCGAUGGUAAAAUCCUCUUCAAGAAACCAGCCAAGCGCUUGUCCUCAGACAAAUUUCAAGGUAUCACUGCCAGCUCCCGCAAGAAGAAGUGUGAUGCAGUGGAGAGAGAGGCUAAGAAGGAGGGGAAUUCUGUGAAAAAGGUGAAGAACAACAGCCUUCUGUCAUUUGGGUGUGAUGACGAGGAAGAGGAGGACUGAUUUAGUUUAUUUCAACAAAGAUAGAUAAUGGGACAUUGCUGUUUUUUAAUCAAGAAAUUAUUCAUAGGCUGUGUAUCAUUUUGCACGCUUCCACCUACCAUUUUGAGUGCAUAACUUAUGUAUUGAUAAUGCCGAGCGCAAGUAUGGAAGUGCACAUGUUGAUACACAACCACAGUGUGCAUUUGUGCAUCACGUGCUACGCUUAUUGUGCAAAAGACAGAGCUUCAUCUUAAGGAAUUACAUAAGCACCACUCACUCAGCACUGAAUAGAACAAAUCCUUCAUGGAACCGUCUUCUACUCCAUGUGGCCCAGUAGGUGUUAGGAUUAGAGAUGCACGAUAUCUUGUUUUUCAAACCAACACAUAACUUUCUGCUUCUCAAGACCGACAUGGUACCGAUAACCCACAACCGUCUUAUGUCUGCCUUUUUUAUUGAUAUGUAUUGAGAGGUAAGAAGGACUGGAAGAUAUUGGGAUUUGUUGGUUUGUCCUAAUCAAAUAUCAUGACAUUACUACUGCCACACCACUACUAUCAGGAGAACCAGAGUAUAGAGGGGGAUGAGCCACCUGCUGUGGCCCAGCAAGGUGCACUGUAUUCGGGCACACGCUCCGAGAAGCUGGUGUGACGCCACGCAAAAUGUCUUCCUCUUACAGCGAAUGUGUGUUUAGAAGUGAGCUCAGCGGAAGUUCCAACAGGCCGUUAACGUGCACAGGCAGGAGAAAAAAGGAGUGCUUGAUUUGUUCACCCGCACAGUACAGGUCAUUUUUUAAAAUUAUCGGUUAUCUGAGCUAUUUUUAAUGUUAUCGGUAAGAUGUCAUAAUUCUCAUGUCGGUUCAGUAAUUAUCGUGCACCCCUAAUUAGGAUAUUUUCAUAAAUAACCAGGAAGAUUGCAUCAUUGAUUCCUCUUUUCUUUGACUGUAAAAGAACAAUUGUAAGAGAAGUCUGGUGACUUCUCAGAUAAAGACUUUUUUUUUUUUUUUUUUUUUAAAGGCUGAUUUUCCAAGUUCUUAAUUUUAUGGUAGGUUUGUUUAACACAGAAAGACUAUCGACAUAAGAAAAUCCAGAAAAAAACAUGAAAUUUGUAUUAGAUGAGUGAAAUGAGUAUCCCCAGCAAUCAGCAAGCAUUGUGAUCCCCCAACAAUAUUGUUUGGCUUUUGUAACAAACCUCUGUGAGUCAGGUCCCUAAUCCAAUAAAAGAUCAAAUUGGAAAAAAUGAGCGUGCAAAAUGCUUUUAGGGUAGGACUAAAGAUUUGACGUGGUUAUUGAUCAAUUUGUGGUGUGAUUUGGAAUAUAUGAAUUUUUUUUAACAAACUCUCUUCAGUGUAAUAGUCAUUUAUUGAUGGUCCCUAGUAUAAACAACCAGCGGUGAGAGGUAAGUAAGUAAGGUAAGGCAAACUCAUUCAAAAUUUCAGCGAAAAUUUUUUUGGGGUAAAAUUGUGCUUUCUGGGUAAUUAGAAACAUUUGGAAUGGUCAGCCAUUAAUAUUUACACCGGCGGUCCAGAUUUUCAUAUUGGUCACUUGAUUGACAGACAGGACAAGCAGUCUAACAUCUGAUUCCAUGAAGACGUGAUGUUCCCAAAGGCGCCAUGUGGCGGCGAGAUCAACCACCACCACCAUCCUGCUUUCAGACACAUCAAUCAGUGAAGGAGGAGCUGGACGAAAUAGCCGAGGAGAGGAAAGUCUGGGCUUCCCUGCUUAGGCUGCUGCCCCUGUAACUCCACCUCGGAUAAGCAAUAGAAGAUGGAUGGACACCAGAGAAAAGUCUGGUGACGCUCUUUUGUGGGAUGCCGUAUGCUUCAAAGGUCUCCGUUAUCACUCUUGGGUGCGCUAGGACACUUUUCACACAUAUAAAGUGCUGCUGAUGUGCAUGUUAUGCUUUAAAUUUGUGUGGAUGUGUCAGCCCGGUGAUUGACAGGCGAUCACUCCCGGGUGUAAUCACAGAGCGAAGCAGUUUAUGGUUGAAAGCAUGUCACCUCAGUCAACCUCUACUCGGUAAAUACUAGUUAAAUCAACUAAGAUUAUCGGCAUUGCACUUGUAUAUCUAUGUCACAUUGAUGUGAAGUUUACCUUAAGGGUUUACCUCAUAAAGUGUCAUCUCAUCUUUAGUUUGUCCUGAUACUGACACAGGGAACACAACAUGUGUACAGAAAUGCACAAAUGAACCAUUUAAAUGUUUUUAUUCAGUUGUGAAUGAUAAAUUGAUGCGACCGGAUAUCCUGUUUGACGAGCGAGAGAUGCGGCUGCAUCGGUAGCAGCCUCCUGGAUGGAUAAGAAGCAUCCAUAAGUCCUUAGACGAAUGGAUUGUCGAGACAUGCGAGACAUGCGAGACAAGACCAGCAACCGGUUGACAGUCCGUCUCUUAAACAACGUGAGAGCCUCAGCUACCGGCCAAAUGGUUGUACGAAUGCUUCAUAGCUCAGCAUGAUUGAAGACGAGAAUGGCUCUAAAUAGCAUUAGCAGUGCGCUAGCUAGUCACCGGGAAACAUUUUCAACACAUCAGUAAAACAUACAUACAUUAGAGCCAUCUAAUUGAUCUUAUUUUUUAUAUAUUGUGUAAAACUAAGACAGGAACAACAUCAAAUUAAAAGCACUAAAUGAAUACAGAGCCACCGUCCACCAGUACCAGCCUGGACUUUGUUUUUCAGAGAACAAAUAGCACUCAGUAAGCUCAUCAGAUCUUACCUUUAUGCAUUCCCACAUAGUAUCACCGUCUCGGAGCAAAUAUGAGUUGAAAGAAAAAGGGUAAAAAUGCAGUAUAGUAGUCCAUCUGUGCAUUGUGGGACAAAGUUAGAUGCGUUCAAGGACCGUCAAACAAA